GACACUUAACGCGAUAGUUGUUCCUCCAGUCGCGAUACAAAGAUACUAAGAUACAAAGAUACAUAGCCAAAUUCGCCAAAACGCGCUCGCUUUUUUUCUUUUUCUUUUUUUUCGUUGCAUUCUGGAAGUUUCCUUCCGCCAAACAAAUACACAAAGGAAAAGACUAUCAGCGUUACAAAAGCAAAGUGCGUGUCAAUCAAGUGCGCAAAUUUGUGCGGAAUUCCCAGCCAACGAUUUUUAUGUAAAUGACGACAGCUGACCGGCCGCUCGACGUCAGCAGGAGCAGCGGUAGCGGAAGCGGCAACAAAACGGCCAGGAUCGGGAGACCAGAGGAACCGCAACCGCAACCGCAACCGCCGUUCGUGGAUCGACGUCGUCUGAACAGGAUCUGGUCGCUAAACACACUCGCCUUGGUCAUGGCCCUGCUCCAGCUGUUUGCCCACUCCGGCGGCGGUUGUGGCGUCUCAGCGGCACCCACUCACCCACUGGCCACUGAUGCCAGCAACAGUGCCAGUCUCGUUAAUCCAAGCACCAAGCAUCUGCAAAAGCGUUCCCAGGCGUCCAGUUUCCGGCUGACCUUCCAGCAGAAGCUGAUUGCCAGCAGUACGCACCUGGACUGGGAGAACACCUGCCACAUGAAGCCCACGGGUCUGAACGAAGCCCACAGCAAGGCGAAACGCUGCAAGAAACGCCAAAAGAUCCUGCAGAAGCUGCAGAACCAAACUGGCCGCGAGUUGAAGGCCAUCCAGGACGAGGACAGGGCCAGGAUCACCAUCAAUGCGGAUAAGCUGGCCACGAAUAAUACCAAGACCCUCGAUAUCGUCGAUAAGAACAAGUGGCGAUUCUACAAGGAAAUCUACAAAUUCCUGCCCCGUCUGAAUGUCACUAGCAAGCAGCUGAACCUGCGCCACGCCCAUCGCGACCUGCAGAUCUACGUGGGCGCCUUCACCUACAUGCGCAACAUCAAGAUGCACUGGGACCUGGUCGUGCAUAAUGCGAAGAGUGUGCUCUCCGACGAGCUGGACCGGAUGCGGAAGUCCGCCCAGGAGGUGCUCUGCAGCGUGGAGGAGGCCAUCAAUGUGACCAACCUGCUCUACACACCCAGACGUUCGCGGGCGCAGCAGCGGAGGGGCGGGAAGAAGCGGCGCCAGGCCCAACCGGUGGUCACCUACAAGAUCCUGCCGCGCAAGCUGAUGGAGAAGCGACUGCAGCAGUUCAACUCCACGGAGUUGCCACUCGUGGAGCUGCACCACAAUGCGACCUUGGCCGCCCGCGGGGUGGAUGUUCUACCGCCGCCCGACAACCUCAUGGUCCUGGAGCAGCACGCCCUCUUCACCAAACUGAAGUUCGUGCAGUAUAUGAAGGGCAUCCGCAAGAUACUCGCAAAACAGCGAAGGACUCUGUGCAAGGCAACCGCCAAGAUGACGAAGGCGAUCCCGAUGAAACUGUAGAGAAGAGCAGAGAUCAAAGAUCAGAGAGUAGAAAGUAGAAAGCUAAAGCCAAGAGGUCGGAACCGGCGAAACCUCCAUUCCACACAACGAGGCUCAUUCCAUGAAGACAUCCUUAAUUUAUUAAACAUCCUAUAUUUAUUACACACACCCCACCACAACACACACCACACCACAAACCACACCACACACCAGUCACGAAUCACGAGGAAUUCCCGACAAUCGCAAGGCUAUGAAAAAAACCGAAUAUGUAAUGUGAACAAUCCACGACAGAUGUCAAUGUGAGAUACCCAGUUUUCUCGAUAUCUUAAGACGAAUGUAGUGUUUUCUCUCUUUAUUUUAUUAUUAUUAUUUUUUUUUUGAAUAACUUUAAGUCUCAUUGUAUUAUUUAUUAUUGCAACUCGCCAACAAUCUGCCCGCACAUUCCGCUAGAUACUAAGUAUACUAGAUAUACUUUGCCUUGUAUUACGAUGCUGUGAUAGUAGAUGAUUAAAGUAAGAACAACGCUCCGCAACGGCAACCAACUAAAUAUCUCCCCACGACUAUAUUUACACACUGAUAUACUUGUAUGUACGACUUACACCUCUAUGUAACUUAGCUUUGAUUAGGACUUAACAAUUUAGACAUCAAAUACCAAUACGAAUGGAAAUACAAAUACAA